CAUGUCUCUCUGGAAAUCAUACCGCAAUCUCUCCCCGCGCACACGAAUGAUCUUAGGCCUGGGACUGAUGGGGUACGCCGCGUUUGGGCUCUGGGCCGAGCCUCGUAUGGAAAAAGCGCUAGGAAUGGUACCCACGGAGGCGGAAAAGGAGGAGCUGGAUAAGAACAUUCGCGUUCGGAUUCGAAGUGUGGAGAAAUGAGAAGGGCACUUUCUCGAGCGAUUGGAAAGGAUCCCCUCGCUAUGUUCUUGACGUGCCAGGAUGAACUUGGGUUGGCGCUAUGACAAUGGUGAUGAUGACGAUGAGGAGUUGUUAGGGGGUGAAGGGGGUUCCUGCGAGCGACAGGAAGUUCUGGAAGUGCCAUUCUCCCCCUAGAGAUAGGGCCACGAGUGGCAAGGAUGCCCUAAUAUUGUUUCAAACUAUGGCGAGUAUCUUCAGUCGCAUGCAAACUCGCAAUGGCCCUUGGUUAUCUGAUUUGGAGCCCCUGGGUUGCAAUAGUUGCAAAGUAGCACAUAUUCUUCUGCGGUCCUGGCAAAGUCCUAACAAAUGAAACCGACUAUUCCAGACACGUGUUUUGACUGCCUGCGUACCUGGGCGUUGAGGCAUCUAUCACACCCAGUGGACUUUGAAGGCAGAAGGUCAUAUGAGAGUAUCUAAUUCUACCCUAAAAUGUUUAGAUUUGCGAUAUGAAAUCAGCUUUUGACCUAGCACUGUAUCAUUUCCUUGUGUCUGGCGGUAUUUCGAUAACAGCAAGAAUGUAUUUUAUAGAGAA